AUGGGGUCCACUGGAGAAAAUUCACAUUUGACUCGCCAGGAACGAUUUUCCAUUAUUUCAACAAUCCAUAAAGAGUUGCCUGGUUUCACUUUAAUUGGCGGUAUCGCACAAAACAGCGUGGAGGAUACCUUAGACGAAAUCGAAUCUGUCAAAACUGCUGGGGCAAAAUAUGCGGUUGUAUUACCUAGCAAUUACUUCGGUGCUUCUAUUAAACAAGGUGGAAUCUUCGAUUGGUAUACAGAAGUUGCAAAUAAGUCGUCUUUGCCAAUACUAAUAUAUGUAUAUCCCGGAGUCUCUAAUAAUAUUUUUAUUGAUCCCAGAACUAUCAAGAAAUUGUCUUACAAUCCAAAUAUUGUAGGUACUAAAAUUUCAUACGGAGAUGUAUCCCACCAUACCCUAAUUGGUUUAGAUAGUGACAUUGCUAAAAAUAAUUUCAAUUGUUUUACUGGUUUAGGUCAGAUCUUGCUCCCUGCUUUAGUUGUUGGCUUUAAAGGGACAAUUGAUGCUUUGAGUGGGGCUACGCCAAAGAUUUAUAUUGAAAUUUUAAAGUUAUUCAACAAAGGAGAAUACGAAAAAGCUUCCCAUUUGCAACUCAUUGCCACUAGAGGAGAAGAAUUGGUCGUGAAAUUCGGUGUGAUUGGCAUUAAAAAGGCUAUUUUAACAGCCACUGGAAUAGGUGAGACACAUUUGGGUCGUGUUCCACUAAAUCAAGAUCUUUCCGAGGGAGAAUGGAAUGAAUACAGUGACUACCUUUCGGAACUAAUUAACAUAGAAAAGACCUUAUAA